UAUUUGUUCGACAACGCGGAACUCCUAUCGUUACUCGCGACAAGAUUCUUUCUGUUAUAAAGCUUUUUGCAUAAUUUUGAGAUCGACGAUCACUUACGGCAACCAUGCAUCGGUUAUCUAAGUGCGUCAUUGCGCACAGUCCAUCCGUUCCCCUGUCUUUUCCUUCUUCCGAACGCUUAAUUGGAGUGCCCGUGAUGGACGAGAGAAUGGUAGCAACUCAAAAGUUGACGACGACGAAGAAGGAGACCAGGAUCCCCUUGCUCCUUCUGAUUGCCUGCGCUCUCAGCGUUCACGGCAAACCGACAGCACAGGGAGAUGCAGGAAACGACAACAAUGACGCCGACAUCGGCGACUACGACGCCGGGAACGACGCCGGGGCGGCCGACGCCCAGGACGCCGGGGCAGGGGACCUAGACGCCGGAUUAGCCGGCAAGCCGUCGCCGAAAUUCGACGAAGGUGCGGACAGUGGUGUCGACACCGACACCGACACUGAUACCGAUACCGGUGCUGAUGCUGCUGACGCCGGCGGUGAUGCGGGCGACAACAACGACCUCGACGGCGGCAACGGUGGCGACAACGACUGGGACUUGGCCGGCGGCAAAGACGACGCCUUCUACGACGACAAGGAAGACGAUUCCGAGACGUCCGACAGUGACUCCGGCGAGGACGGCAACGGAGACGGCGACAGCGACAGUUCCAGCAGCAGCGAAGACGGAGACAACAGCGGCGCAGACGACAGCAGCAGCUCCAGCAGCGAUCAAGAGAGCAGCGACGACUCUGACGACGAUGAAGACGCAGAGAACAGCUCCAACGACUCUGACGAGAGCGACAGCAGUGACGACUCCGAGGAUGGCGAAGGCUCGAACGACAGCUCCAACGACUCCGCCGAAAGCGACAGCAGCGACUCAUCUGACGAUAACGAGGGAUCUGACGACAGCAGCAACGAUUCAGCUGACAGCGCUAGCAGCGACGAUUCCGAGGAUGGCGAGGGAUCCAGCGACAGCAGCGAUGACUCCGCCUCAAGUGACGAGAGCAACAGCAGUGAUGAUUCCGAGGAUGGUGAAGGAUCUGCCGACAGCUCCAACGACUCUUCAGAUAGUGACAGCAGCGACGAUUCCGAUGAUAACGAAAGCUCCAACGACAGCAGCAACGAUUCUGACGAGAGUGAUGAGGGAGAUGACAACGAUUCCAACGACGCCGAUGGUAGCAACUCCAGCGACAGCAGCGACUCUUCUGAUGACAAUGAAGACUCUGCCGACAGCUCCAACGACUCUGCUGAUAGCGACAGCAGCGACGAUUCUGAGGAUGGCGAGGGAUCCGACGACAGCUCCAACGACUCUGCUGACAGCGAUGACAGCAGCGACGAUUCUGAGGAUGGCGAAGGAUCUGACGACAGCUCCAACGACUCUGUCGAUAGCGAUGACAACAGCAGCGAUGAUUCUGAAGAUGGCGAAGGAUCCAAUGAUAGCUCCAACGACUCUGCUGAUAGCGACAGCAACAGCAGCGACGAUUCCGAAGAUGGCGAAGGCUCUGAUGAUAGCUCCAACGAUUCCGCUGACAGCGACAGCAACAGCAGCGACGACUCCGAAGACAACGAAGGAUCUGACGAUAGCUCCAACGACUCUGACGAGAGCGACGACAACAGCAGCGAUGACUCUGAAGACAAUGAGGGAUCUGACGAUAGCUCCAAUGAUUCCGCUGACAGCGACAGCAACAGCAGCGACGACUCAGAAGACAACGAAGGAUCUGAUGACAGCAGCAAUGAUUCUGAUGAGAGCGAUGAUAACAGCAGCGACGACUCUGAGGAUGGCGAAGGCUCUGACGAUAGCUCCAAUGACUCCGCCGAUAGCGACAGCAACAGCAGCGACGACUCAGAAGACAAUGAAGGAUCUGACGACAGCUCCAAUGACUCUGCCGAAAGCGACGACAACAGCAGCGAUGAUUCCGAGGAUGGCGAAGGCUCGGACGACAGCUCCAACGACUCUGACGAAAGUGACGACAACAGCAGCGAUAGUUCCGAAGACAACGAAGAUUCCAACGACAGCAGCAACGAUUCAAGCGAUAGUGACAGCAGCGACGAUUCUAAUGAUGAUGAAGGCUCUGAUGACAGCUCCAACGAUUCUGAUGAAAGCGAUGGCAGCAGCGACAGUUCUGAAGACAACGAAGAUUCCAACAAUAGCAGCAACGAUUCAAGCGAUAGCGACAGCAGCGAUGAUUCUAACGAUGAUGAGGGCUCUGAUGACAGCUCCAAUGAUUCCAAUGAGAGCGAUGAGAGCAGCGAUAGUUCUGAGGACAAUGAAGACUCCAACGACAGCAGCAACGAUUCAAGCAAUAGUGACAGCAGCGACGAUUCUAAUGAUGAUGAAGGGUCUGAUGACAGUUCCAACGACUCAGAUGAAAGCGAUGGUAGCAGCGAUGACUCCGAAGAUAAUGAGGGCUCUGAUGACAGCAGCAACGACUCAGAUGAAAGCGAUGACAACAGCAGCGAUGAUUCUGAAGAUGGCGAAGGCUCUAACGACAGCUCCAACGACUCUUCUGAUAGUGACAGCAGCGACGAUUCCGAAGAUGGCGAAGGCUCUGAUGAUAGCUCCAACGAUUCCGCUGACAGCGACAGCAACAGCAGCGACGACUCUGAAGACAACGAAGGAUCCAACGAUAGCUCCAACGACUCUGACGAGAGCGACGACAACAGCAGCGAUGACUCAGAAGACAAUGAAGGAUCUGACGACAGCAGCAACGAUUCUGAUGAGAGCGAUGAUAACAGCAGCGACGACUCUGAGGACGGCGAAGGCUCUGACGAUAGCUCCAAUGACUCCGCCGAUAGCGACAGCAACAGCAGCGACGAUUCCGAAGAUGGCGAAGGCUCUGAUGAUAGCUCCAAUGACUCCGCCGAUAGCGACAGCAACAGCAGCGACGAUUCCGAAGAUGGCGAAGGCUCUGAUGAUAGCUCCAACGAUUCCGCUGACAGCGACAGCAACAGCAGCGACGACUCUGAAGACAACGAAGGAUCCGAUGAUAGCUCCAACGACUCUGCUGAAAGCGACGACAACAGCAGCGAUGACUCUGAAGACAACGAAGGAUCUGACGAUAGCUCCAACGACUCUGCUGAAAGCGACAGCAACAGCAGUGAUGACUCAGAAGACAACGAAGGAUCUGACGACAGCUCCAAUGACUCUGCCGAUAGUGAUGACAACAGCAGCGACGACUCCGAGGAUGGCGAAGGAUCUGACGACAGCUCCAACGAUUCUGAUGAGAGCGACAACAACAGCAGCGACGACUCUGAGGAUGGCGAGGGAUCUGAUGACAGCUCCAACGACUCUGACGAGAGCGAUAGCAACAGCAGCGACGACUCCGAAGAUGGCGAAGGAUCUGCCGACAGCUCCAACGACUCUGAUGAGAGCGAUAGCAACAGUAGCGACGACUCUGAGGAUGGCGAGGGAUCUGCUGAUAGCUCCAACGAUUCCGAUGAUAGCGACAGCAGCGAUGAUUCGGAAGAUGGCGAAGGCUCGAACGACAGCUCCAACGACUCUGCUGACAGCGACAGCAGCGAUGACUCUGAAGAUGGCGAAGGAUCCGAUGACAGCUCCAACGAUUCUGACGAAAGCGACAGCAGCGAUGACUCCGAAGAUGGCGAAGGAUCCAAUGACAGCUCCAACGAUUCUGACGAAAGCGACAGCAGCGAUGACUCCGACGAUGGAGAGGGAUCUGACGACAGCAGCAACGAUUCCGACGAAAGUCUCACAAACUUUAUGUUCCACAGUGACGAGAACGACGCCGACGGAGGAAACGAUGGAGACGCAGGCGCUGCUGAGGCCCCGGCAGAGGAAGAACCCGCUGCCGCGGAAGAACCCGCCGUCGAGCAAACCACCGACGCCUCCGAUUAA